GUUCUUUUGAUGAACUUUUUUGUUGUGUUAAUAACUUCCUUCCUCUUUACCGUAACUACGUACAUUCCAUCACUGGAUACACCCGGUAAACUGUAAAUACCGACCACUGAGUUCGAACAUGCUUGGUUUGGGAACCGCUGAAGGAUCUUAUUUUAAAGGCAAUGAUUUACGCCUUUCAUCCGGAAUCACUGUUGACAAACUUGGAAGUCGAGGGGUUAAAUUUCUGUAUCUCUUGGACUGCUCUGUACAUAAACAGCAUGUUGCCCAGGUACGAUAUAAGGAUUCCGGUCAGUUGUCAUUUGAGUCCGUGUGCACUGAAAAUAAUGACAAUUCAGUUUCAGAUUCUCACGAGAGUUCUGAGCAAAGACAGCUUCCAAGAAAAGCCACCAGAUUGCCACAGAAAUCCCAACCUAAAAAACAGAAACCUGGAUUUGCAUUCAAACUUCGGAGAAUGUAAU